AUUAACGUAGUGGUCUUGGCAAUUCCAAUAUUUGAGUUUCCGAAAGGUUGUUAUUGUUCCUGUUGUCUAUUUAAAACGCGAUCCAAAGUCGUCAGCAAAUUUGAGUGCCAUUCGAAAACAACACUCAAGUUGGUAAAAAUAUCUAAGGAUCCACUUAAUGGCCCGAUAAGAUACUGGCAGGACUUGAAAACAAAUCAUUUCCCAGCUAAGCGACAGCGACGAUGGACAUGUAUACACAGGCCGUGUUCUGCGCCAUUUUGUUGUCGCUUUUCGUAUCCGCGCAUGCGAUAACAUGGACCGACACCACCGGGACGGUAACGCUUUACGGUGAAGAGUUCCAAAAUGGUUUGCUGAUUUCCUUACAACGAAACGGAGUGUCCAAAUUGACAGGCCAAUUCGGCUCGUCGACGGGAUACGAAAUAACACCGAUAGCGAACGGUUUCGAAGUAAGAUGGACGACGAACGAUUUAAACACAAUCUUCGAGGAUCGAUACGACCUCAACAUCGGUUCGGUAAAUUGGUACGGGGGGCCCCAACGAUACGAACAGAACUGGCCCAUCGAGAAGAUGUCCCUUAGCGGGGACGAAGCUUACGUCAUCAAGAAAACCGAUAACUUCGGGGUGGCCGAAAGGUACUGGUUAAACUCCAAGGGCGCGUACAUCUACCUCGACGAAGAAGUGCCUCUGUUUGUCGACCACAAUAGCAGAACCGGUGGAUCCGUGUAUUUCACCGCCAAAGUAGCCGAACCCUACGUCAACCGAACGAGAGUGAUACUCUCGUACAAAUUAAUCGCGAGGGACGAUCCCAAAGAGGCCCAUCUGGACGCCAUUAACAACUACCUGGGCAAACCGGUCGGACAUCCGGACGAGAGGAUGAUCAGGGAACCCAUAUGGACCACCUGGGCUCAAUACAAACGGGACAUCAGCGACAGCGUGGUUAUUCAAUUCGCCGACGAAAUCAGAAGUCACGGUUACGACGGCGGGCAAAUAGAAAUAGACGACCAAUGGGAAGCGCACUACGGCGAUCAAACCUUCAAAACCGACAUCUUUACCGACAUCAACCAGACGGUCCGAACGCUGAAAGACAAAAAUUUCAGGGUCACGUUGUGGGUCCACCCUUUCGUGGACGACGACUCCGUCAACGUGGAGGAGGGCAAAAGCAAAGGGUAUUUCGUGAAAAAUCCAUCCGGAGACACCAACGCCGUCUGGUGGGACUCGAACGACGCCCAUCAAAUCGACUUUACCUACACGGAAGCGGCCGCUUGGUGGUCUGCCAGACUGAAAUCCUUGCAAACCGAUUACGGUAUAGACGCGUUCAAGUUCGACGCUGGUGAAACCAAUUACGUCAACCAGCCGGCAGUUUACGAGCACGUCGAAGAUGUGGAACAGAUCCCGAAUAUCCUGACCAAGUCCUACAUCGAAACGUGCGAGCAAUUCGGCAACCUGAUUGAAGUCAGGGCGUCCUGGAGAACCCAGGCGUCGUCCCACUUCAUACGGAUGCUGGAUAAAGACUCGAACUGGAGCUACAACAACGGUCUUCCGACCUUAGUCACCACGUUGUUGCAGAUGAAUCUAAACGGCUACGUUCUGGUGCUUCCUGAUAUGAUCGGAGGCAACGGAUACAAUGGGGAGUCACCGACGGGUGAAAUGAUCAUCAGAUGGGCUCAGGCCAAUACGUUCAUGCCAGCCAUGCAGUUUAGUUAUUUGCCGUGGAAUUUCAAAGACUCCGGAAACGGCUACGACGUCGAGGCCGUCGUAAAAAAAUACGUGGACCUCCACGCCCGGUAUUCUCCGCAAAUUGUCGAAGCGAUGGAGAAAAGUAUCGCUACUGGCGAGCCGGUCAACAAACCCAUUUGGUGGCUGGAUCCGACAGAUUCGAUCGCCUUGGCUAACUUCGACGAAUACUUGCUGGGUGAUGACGUUUUGGUUGCCCCGGUGUUGGUAGAACACGCGACCUCCAGAUCGGUCUAUCUCCCGAAGGGAAAUUGGACAGAUGCGAAUGGGGUCGGAUACGUUGGGCCAGUGUCUAUCGACAAUUACGCCGCUCCCGUGGAUGUACUUCCUUAUUUCAUCAGGAGCAGCGCCUAAAUUGUACUUGUUGUAAAUAAAUAAGUUACAUAUA